GCACGACCCUAUAAGGACACGGCUGAGCAACGCUCCGGCAAGAAGACGCGGGUAGUCUCAGCGGUGAUAAGCUUCUUCCACUGUCUGUCUUUGGAACAACAGCAACAAUGGAUCGAGUGAGGGCUGCGUUUAACAGCGUGACUAAAAGUGAGCGCUACAGCAGGUUUACUCUGCAGCCGGCGGAGGAUGGAGAAAGACACGUUGAAGUCAAACUGUCAGAUGAUGCCACAGAGGUGGAGGACCAGGCAGGGGGAUCUCCCAGCUUCAGGCCAGCACCUCCGCGUAACAGCCGGAGGAUAGUUUGUUACCUGGCCCUGGGGACCGUGCUGAUAUUUGUCACCGGCUACGUGCUCGGUUACCUCAGCCAUCAUGGGACUCGGGUGGAGCAGGUAACGUGUGACACAGAGCUGGAAACAGAAGAUCCGCAGGACACUAUGUCAGCUGUUGUUGCACCAGCUCCAGACGCACAGAUGGACUGGAAGGAUGUCACCCAGCUCCUCGCGCAGAAACUCACCAGCAAGGCCUUCAAAAAAACUCUGAGUGACUUUGAUCGUCCCAGCCGUUUUGCAGGAAGUGAUGGAGAUACGAGUCUGGGAAACCGCAUCUUUGAUGAAUUCCAGAAACUGGAGAUGGAUCCCUGGACUGACAUCCACUACGUUCAGCUGCAGACACCAGACAGCAAGCGUCCAAACCGGGUCGUUUUUGGUUCAGAUAACUUUGCGCCUAAAGGGUAUCUGGCCUACAGUGCUACUGGGAAAGUUGAGGGUAAGCUGGUGUAUGGCAACUACGGCCGUCAGGAGGAUCUGGAUGAUCUGCAAAAGAUGGACAUUGAGAUGAAAGAUAGUGUGUUGCUGCUCCGAGCUGGAAACAUCACUUUUGCAGAGCAGGUGAAUAAUGCUGCCAAGAAGGGUGCUGCUGCUGUUUUAAUCUACCCUGACCGUCAAGAUUUCGACUAUGUUGCAGACACAGCACUCUAUGGGCAUGUCCAUCUGGGUUCAGGCGACCCUUACACCCCUGGAUUCCCCUCCUUCAACCACACCCAGUUCCCUCCAACGAAAUCGUCCGGACUCCCAAAAAUCCCAGCACAGACUAUCAAUGCCAACAUGGCUUCAGCUCUUCUAAAGAACAUCGGAGGUCCUGUAGCUGGUGACAAAUUUAAAGGCGCCCUCCUGUCAGUGGAUUACAGAUUGGGAGGCAGCAAGAACAUCUCUGUUGAGGUGAACAACGUGCUGGUCAACAGGGAGAUCCACAAUGUGUUUGGAGUCAUCAAAGGAUUCACUGAUCCUGAUCGCUACCUUGUACUGGGAGCUCAGAGAGACGCCUGGGGUAAAGGUUACGCCAAAGCCACCGUUGGGACCUCCGUGCUGAUUGAGCUGGCCAGGGCUUUUCACGAGAUGGUGGAGAAAGAUGGGUUCAGGCCCAGGAGAAGCCUGGUGUUUGCAAGCUGGAGUGCUGGAGAGUAUGGAAGUGUUGGCGCCACCGAGUGGUUGGAGGGUUAUAUGUCUAAUAUUGACAAACGUGUUAUUACCUACAUAAACCUGGAUGGAUUGGUCCUGGGUCGAGGAAGCUUUAUGGCUUCAGCAAGUCCGCUGCUCUACAGUCUCAUUGAGAGCACGAUGAAAGAGGUGAAGAGUCCAGUUGGUACUGGAACUGUGUACGAUAUGGUGGGAAAAACCAGCUGGACCAAAACACUGAGGCCGAUGUCAAUAGACGACCCCGCCUAUCCCUUCCUGGCCUUCUCUGGAAUUCCCUCCAUCUCUUUCCACUUCAUCUCUCCCAACGAUUUGACCUAUGAUUACUAUGGCACCAACCUGGACAACAUGGAUCACCUCAAUUACAAAACAAACCAGCGCACCAGUGAAAUGGUGGCCGUGGCGGCACAGUUUGCCGGCCAGAUGGCUAUGCGGCUAGUCCACGACCACCUGCUCAACCUGGAUAUAGGUCGAUACAGCGGCAUCCUCACCAAGGCUGUGUUCCAGGUCUACAAACACGUCAAUCAGCUCUCACAGUCUGGUCAGCUGAAGGAAGUCGAUCCCAACUGGCUGAACCGUGCACGCGGCUCCUUCCAACGUGCUGCAAGCGGCAUCAAGAAUGACAUCAUCAACACUGACUUGAAUGACAAGGAGGCCUGUCGGAUCCUCAACGACAGGAUUAUGAGUGUUGAGCACGGCCUCCUCUCUCCAUACGUGUCCCCCGUUGAGACUCCCUUCCGUCACCUCCUGCUGGGUCGGGGCUCCCACACUUUGGCAUCCAUCGCCACAGCCACCGAUCCGGAUCAUCUCCACACUCAGCUGGCUCUUGCCACCUGGAACCUGCAGGGCUGUGCCCACGCCAUGGUGGGAAACAUCUGGGACAUCGAUGAAGCCAUCUAAAGAAGGAGGGCCGAGAGUUGUGAGGUGUUGAGUGUGUGUGUUGUUCAAGAUGAAAUCUGAGGUAGAGCAGAGGGAGGAGCUCCAAUAUCAGCACUUAAGCACAAGCUGUCAAUCAGAAGUUUAAGCCUCACCCUUUAAAAACAGGAUCC